UCGCUGAGUCAACUACUCCCGCUACCGUUUUCACCCAGCUAAUAGCAGUUCAGUCAGCGUCGGAACUUGUGAUUCCUUUUCACUUUUGUACAGGAAGGUCUCAAUAUAUUUUCUGUUAGCAUAGUUACGCCAAAGUGGAAGUUCUUCCGGCAAAAGGAUCCACAACGCGUGGUUCAAUUAGAAAAACGAUAAAUAGCAUUCCUCCGGGCGUGACUGCCUCUGCUUGGCAUAUCCAUACAGAGUAAAAAAGUGCUAGCAAACUGUGCGUGUGGAAGUCUCCGUGGAUAGAAGUCAGAUACGCGCUUCGAGAAAAUUGCAAAACGUGACGUGACCGUUUAGUGGCGUCAAAAGUAUUUCAUUGCAUAAAAAUUGCGGCACAAUGUCCACCGAAACAGUAGAUACUUCUUUCAUUCCGGAUUUACCCAAAGGACCAUUAUGCGAAUACCGAGACCGAGCCAAAUUCGAUUGGAAGCGUUUGAGGUUAUUUUUUGAAGAGGAAAAAGUAUUAAGAAUUAAGUACAAAAUCUGGAAAAUUUUGGAAUCAGACCCAUUAUUUGCGAAACCAAAGCAAACACUUCCCACCGACCAACAGAAGCGCAUUGCUGCCAUGCAGAUGAAUCGCAUGGCUCAUUUGGACAUUGCUCCAUCUGAUGUAUAUAAUUUAAGCUUCCAGGAGAAAACUAGGUAUUUGAUGAGCGUAAACGAGGCCAUUCAUUCGGUUUGUCCAAGCCUGUCUGUGAAAAUUGCUUUGGGGGUAGGUCUAUUCAAUAACGCAUUACUGGCUAUGGGGACUGAGCGACACAUGAAGUACUAUAAAGCCGCGUGGAAUCGCGAAAUUGUCACCGCUUUAGCAAUCACCGAAGUAGCACAUGGAAGCAAUACGAAAUGCAUUCGGACGACGGCAACAUAUGAUCCUAAAACCCAAGAGUUUAUCAUAAAUACCCCAGAUUUCGAGGCAGCCAAAUGUUGGGUUGGAAAUCUGGGUAAAACAGCUACCAUAGCGCUUACCUUCGCCAUCCUCUACACCUCGGAUGGAGUUAACCACGGCUUACAUGGAUUCCUCGUACCAAUACGGGAUCCGCAAACAUUAAAACCAUAUCCUGGCGUACUUGUCGGGGAUAUUGGUGAAAAAAUUGGUUUGAACGGAAUUGAUAAUGGAUUUGUAAUGUUCACCAACUACCGCAUACCCCGAGAAAAUUUACUGAACAGAACAGGCGAUGUAACGCCCGAUGGGUCGUAUGUGAGUGUCUUUACUGAGCCCAGUAAAAUUUUAGGUGCUGCUCUGGAAUCAUUUUCAGCUGGACGCUUAGGAAUCAUGCAAGAAUCUGUGAACACACUGUCUAGCGCAGCUGUGAUAGCAGUUCGGUAUGCAGCGUUGAGAAAGCAAUUUGGCUACGAAAUGGAUGGUCCAGAAGUAUCAAUCAUUGAGUAUCCAUUGCAACAAUGGCGUGUAUUUCCCUAUCUAGCUGCAGCUUGUGUCCUCAAAAUUUCGGUAUACGAAUUAACCAAUACUUACCUAGCGACCGUAGAGAAAUCGCAAGCAGAUUCGAAUGGGUUUGAAAUGCUGACCCAAAUUGUGUCUGAAAUUCACGCCGUAAUAUCAUCGUCGAAACCACUUAUGACAUGGACAGCGCGUGAUGCCAUUCAAGAAGCUCGAGAAGCAUGUGGUGGACACGGUUACUUGAAAGCGUCGAAUCUCGGCGAACUUCGAAACAACCACGACCCCAGUUGUACUUACGAAGGAGAUAAUAAUGUCCUGGGGCAGCAAGCAUCCAACUGGUUGCUACGACAGUGGGAGGGCACUGUGGAAAGUCCUGUUGGAACAGCAAAAUUCAUUCAGCGACGUGAUCGAAUUCUUGCGUUGAACUAUUCUGAUAUAAUUGCAAGAUUUCCUUUAGAUUCAAUGGAUUUUGUAAUCCAUUCCUAUGAAUGGCUAUUGUGUUUCCUUUUAAAGAAAACAUCCUCUGCAAUGAAACACGCGAUAAGUCAAGGACAUCAUAAAUUCGAUGCUCGAAAUAAUGCUCAAGUAUACGGUGCCCGAGAUUUAAGCCGAGCAUACGCUGAAUAUUAUGCGCUGUAUAAUUAUCAAAAGCGAGUGGAAGCUCCAAACUUGGACCCUAAACUAAAAGAUAUACUUAACUUACUUUUCUUGGUGUACGCUUAUUGGUGCCUCGACAAACAUAUGACCACUUUUUACGAAGGAGGUUUUGAUUUAAGUCUGAAAUUUGUGAAAGAAGUUCGUGCUAGGUUACUGCAAAAGUGUAGGGAACUCAAAGAUAGUGCAGUGUCUGUAGCAGACGCAAUAGCUCCACCGGAUUUUGCAUUGAACUCUGUGAUCGGACGAUCCGACGGAUUGCUCUACCAAAAUCUUCAAAUGGAAUUCAUGACUAAUCCUGGAGCACUAGAGAGGCCUUCUUGGUGGAAAGAUGUUAUAACUCCACCAAAAUCAAAGUUAUGAAUUACAACGUGUAAGAAUGAAAAAUAUAAAAUUGUUAUAAAUAAACAGAUAAGAUCUAAUUAAAUUUUUUCUACGUAAGGUAAGCAUAGUCUGACCCUUCUUUAUCCUAGAUUCUGUACAACAUGUUUUCAAGUGUCAGUAUGUCAGUAAGAUUCAAGCGUUAGACGCUAGUAUUCUAAGUAGUUUUCUAAAAAAGAUGGAAAUGAAAUCUCGCACCAACAUUGACCAUAUUUUUCUAUGUGAAUUUUGAACUAUACAAUAAAAUUCCUCUUAAAUGUUAAGGCAAUCUGAUUAAUGGACAUAGAAAUGUACAAGAUAUUUAUUGGAAAUACAUACAUAUGUCUAUAUGAAAUAUAA